AUGCAUAUAUUCCACAACAUUCGAAAUAACAGGCUCACUGAGCCAAAACAAGAUCUAUAUUUUACUGAAAAGAGUGUACCUUUGGUGUGCCAAGCUUUCCAUAAAAGAACGGUAGCAGCGUUACCUAUCUUGACAGAAAAAACUGCAGGUGAACGAAAGCAGAGUAUGUUUCAUAAAUCUUGUGACCACGUGGUUGACGUCGCCAAAACACCAUGGCAGUUUCAGUGUGACAGGUUUCAAAUGCUCUUGGGCAUGUGUCAUUUAUUGCAAGCUGUCGUAAUGGGAACGACCAAAUUCAACAUCGCUGCUGCUGAGGUACUCCCUUCUGAUCAUCAGUUCCAGUAUGUGCUGCUUUCAGCAUUUGGUCAAAAUCUUUUAAAAUAUCCCAGACAAUCUGGCCGCUAUCAAAGAUCAACGUUUAUAGCAACUUGCAAAGCGCCGCAUCAUACGGGUAUGAUGGUCUUUGAGUUUCGGAUAGACAGUAUUCAAACUAUGCCAUGGCACUUCUACCGACCGAGCUAA